AUGCAGAUUUUUAAUUGGUUGGGUACAUUUACACUUCCAAAUUUGUAUCAUUCCGACAGAUUACUCAUUGUUCUCAGACCAUUUCAUCUACAUUACAUUUUACUGUGUGGUUAUAUUAUGGCAGCUACCAUCUUAAAUUUGCAUCAUAAACUUGGAAAAUUGGCGCGUAAUAUUUCACAGAUUUUAUCGGCUGACGUUGAAGUUACAGUCAAUAUACAAUUUAAAAAAAACACUAUGUACCUGACAAACGUAAGAGAGCACUCAAUACGUGAGUCGGAAAAUUUUGGAUCAGCUCACAGGGUGGUGUCACUUGCAGGAUUCCCAAACCCAGAACCCCCAUCAGCUGAGGACGCGGACGAACUGAAGACUGCAGAAUUAUUUCCAAAAGUACUGCCUCUCUCUACAUGCGUUAUAUGUCCACAAUCAAAUUCCUGCCUUCACAAUAUGUCAACAAUCAGCAAUAACACUACUACUGAAAACUCUUUAACGAAAGCAGAACUGCUUCUAAUCAUUUUCUUUUUUUUUUUGCAAAAGAACCACAUCUACUUGGAAAUCGCAGACUUAUAUUGA